UUGCGCAUGAAACGGCUUUUCUGCCGGGCAGAGUUGUGGUAACAGUGAUGUAUGUUUUCUUUUUCUUUUUAAAGAAGAAUGGAACUCGGCAAGGCAAAGCUCUUAAGGGUUGGUCUUAAUGCUUUAAAUCAAGCUGUUCACCCUGUGCAUGGAAUUGCCUGGACAGAUGGCAGGCAGGUAGGACUAACAGCCAUAUACAUGGUCAAUGGGGAGCCAAAGUUUGGUGAUACCAAUGUCAUUGGACAAUUUGAACACAUUCUUGGACUAUUUUGGGGACCUGUCUGCUGCACAGGAUCACCAGCCCUUCUUGCUGUCCAGCACAAGAAGCAUGUUACUGUGUGGCAGCUCCAGCUCAGCACACUGGAGCAGAACAAACUCCUGUGCACACAGACGUGCGAAAUGGGAGAGCCUUUUCCUGUGCUCUCCCAGGGCUGCGUGUGGCACCCCAAGAAGGAUGUCCUUGCAGUACUGACAAAAAAGGACGCAUCCAUCUUAUUUACUGUCAGGACGGACAAUCGCAGGGUGAAAGCUGAUAUAAAAGCCAGCGGCCUGAUACACUGUGCAUGCUGGACAAAAGACGGCACGCGACUAGUAGUUGCUAUAGGGAGUGCUCUCCACUCGUACAUUUGGAAUGACAUUCAGAAGAGUCUAAGCGCGUGUUCUUUUUGUCCGAUAUUUGACGUUGGAGGAUACAUCUGUGCUAUAGAGUCUACAAUGGAUGCCCAAGUUGCUGUAGCUACCGAGCUACCUUUAGAUAAAAUUUGUGGUCUCAAUGCUGGAAUUGCUUUUGAUGUCCCAAAUGGUACAGAAACAAGGUCUUUACCAUCUCAGUCUUCAGUACUGGUUGUGGAUGAAGACAGAUUCUUCGAUUUAAGGAGGAAGUCUGUUGACUCUGAAAGAUCCCUAGCUUUAAGUUCAAUAGCUUCCUCUACAUUUGGCCCUCUGGACCUAACUCAUAUCCUUGCAAACCACAGGAAGUCUGAUCCCAGUCCGCUCAUUCACUUGAAGCGCAGAGACCACGUUACUGGAACUGGUCAAGACUCUUCGCACCUGAUCUUGGUGACAUUUGAAAGAAAGGUGACCACCACAAGAAAAGUAAGCAUCCCUGGUAUUCUGGUCCCUGACAUAAUAGCCUUUGAUCCCAAAGCCCAUACUGUGGCAGUGGCCUCCAAUACGUGCAACAUGGUGCUGGUGUACUGUGUGACCUCCUCUGCCAUGCCCAAUAUACAGCAGAUCCAGCUUCAGAAAAAUGAGAGGCCUAAGGGGGUUUGCUUCUUGAACGACAAAAUGCUUUUGCUUCUAGUUGGGAAGCAGAAGUCAAAUGACCCUGCUUUCUUCCCCUCUUCAAACACGGACAAAUACAUCAUCAGACUGAUGACCAAGGAACUCAUUUACGAUGAAGAAUCUUGUUCCUCGACAGGGUCUGCUCAAUCUCCACAAUCCACCUUCGACUCGGGGGUCACCAUCCCAAGCAUUAAGAAGUACUUCGAAAACCUGUCUAAGCAAGAUCGGGUGGUGGGGAAAGAGCUACUGCUGCCCGGAAAUACUGCCAUCCAGUCUCCCAGCGGCAGGAGAAAGUUCAUCGAAGAAGUCAAGAGUGAGGAGAUCCCAGUGACAAGUGUGACAGAUCUUACAGACAAAGCAACCUCCAGCGACUCAUCGAUCACCAUUGAACAUUUUGAUUCAGAGCCAACAAACCGGUCAGCAGGCUUGAAUAUGAUGGGGAUGUUUUGCAGUGAGCCCAGCACGCCAAGCUCUCCUCGAUUAGAGGCAGAAAGACUCAGUUGUGCGGCAACCAUCCCAAUGAGUAACAGCCUUCCAAAGGACAAAAAUGUGGAGCAGCUGUCGCAAAACCUGGAACGGUUGUUUGUCAGGUUUUCAGAGGUACAGCAAUAUCUCUCGGAAAUCGCAGACUUCACUCGAAAUGGAAAGAAAUCCUCUGGAGCCUAUCCAGCAUCUUCUGAGCCCCCCUUUAUCAACAUCACUUAUCAUAAGCAGCUUUCUGAGAAUGUAUUCAUCAAUGAGAGAAGGCCUGUGCUGCUGUGUGAAGGCAAGCUGUCCCUGCGAGUGGUUCUAGAGCUAUUUCAUCUCUCCGUUGUGGAAAUGUUACACGGCACUCUUUGGAUAGUUCUGGUUGCUGAUGGUGAGGGCUUUGUUCCAUUAACAUUCAAACCCAAGGAUGAAAUCACAGUUAGAGAUGGGAGGGCGAAAACUGUCUCACUGUCUUCCUACAGUGCCAAGGUGUCACAGUCUGAAUCUCCACACGUUGCAACUUAAAUGUUGUCCCAGAACUUUUUACUACAGAAAACAAAGUACGGUAACAUGCAUUAUUGUACUGUAUGGCUAUACAAAACUGAGGGUUGGGAUUUUGAAAUGAAACCUUAUUUUUGAGACACUGUAUAUAUCUAUGUUAUUUUAGUAUGGGUUUAUAAAAUGCUUAAUCAUGCAGUUGAUUACAGGUGCUUUUGGUUAAAAUAUACUGAUUUAAAAGACAUGUGAAAACAAACUUUGUUCAGCGUCAACAUUGACAAGCAUAAAUUAAUGUCUUACCAACUUUUGAUACAGUAUAGUUUUUUUAAAUGUUUUUGGCAACAAUAUAUUUUGAAGUGGUGUUUUGAUCAAGUGUUUUCUGUUUUACGCAAUAUGGCAUUCAUCUGGCUGACUCGGAAGGGCUUAAACUCAAGGAAUUAUUGUUUACCAUCACAGUGGCUGUUUUCCUCUCCGAUAAACUAGUUGAAAGGCCAUGAAACACAAAGAAAUUUGUAUUUUGUGAUUCCACAAGAAAGUAGAAGCUGGGGAAAAAUAUGGAUUUUACAUUGCCACCAAAUUAGUAACCAAUAGAGUUUCAGCUUAAUCCUAUCCUAUGAAGUAUAAGAAAGCUUACUUCACUUUUUCAGCACAAUAUAAUAGGUGUGUGAUAGAGAACAGAGAAGAACGUACUGUGACACCCAAAUAACAUAUCAACUGUAGAAAUUAAUUGUGUUUGAAAACAGUUUUGAAUAUUAGUUUUUGUGUUAAGAAAAAUCUACACCUGAUAUGUAAAUAACCUUGUAUAUGUAAUAUACUGUAUACAUUUUCUAUUGCCAAAUUAACCAUAAUUGCCAUUGUACUUGUGGUAUCUUAAGUGUGAUGCAUUUUAUACUUGCUGCGAUACUUUUUUCAUGGUUAUAUACACGUAGUCUAAUGUAUUUGUCUAAUUUAAUUUCCUGCUUAACUUUAUAGGAUGAGCACAGUAUUUUGUUCUCCCUAGGAUGCCAUAGGUUUUUAGGGGUCUUUACCCCUUCAAUGGCCAGGUUUAUUGAACUGUCAUCAACAUUAACAGCCUAGAUAGUAAAACCUUCUAUAUACUUCUCAACUUGUUUUAUUUAGACUUAUAUCUGCCCCAGGUUUCUUAAGGCAAGCCGAUUAUUCCUUUAUACAGGAUUAUUCACUCCCACAGAAUGUACCUAGCGUUGCCCGUGUGACGUGUGCUCACCGGCAGCAUGUAAAUACACUGUAAUUAAGUCUGCCCCUGAUUAGAUCAAUCAUGUAGAUGCCUAGCUCUGUCAUUAGGAAUCUUAACUGGUAGAAAAUGCAAGAAAGAACAAAAUACAUCAUUAGGGUCCAACUGGCUAGCAUUAGGUAGUUCAGAAUAUAUAGCAGCUAUAAAUGAGAGUACUGUGGUGGUGACUAGUAUUUGAUAAUUACUGACUUACAGUAUAAAAAAAGCUUUGGAUAACUUUGGUAACUUGGAUAGUAUUGGAAGAUGUGUUAAGGACAUCUGCCACAGGGUCAGUUUCUUGCAUCGAGGGGAAAUCUUGAUGUCUUCUGGUUGUCUAGUGUAAAUUUCACUAUAAUAUAUAUAUAUAUAUAUAUACACGAACUUGCUUUGUAUUAGCCAUAAUUCGUGAAAUAAAGCGGGUCAUGAUAUAAAUCAGGUUUCACAUUAUAACAGCACGAAGAAAAAAAAGAAAACUGUCGGAAUACUGUACAUUUAGUCAGGCUUUACAUUUAAACAAAUGCAUAUAGUUUACUAUAGGACAAAUAUGAUUUGUAAUUAACUGGAAUGAAGCAGUUUGUGUGAUUAUCUAAACAAUCAUGAGUUGUCUACUGAUGAGAGCUAUCAAUUAGGUGUUGCACUUGAGGUUUUUUUUUGUGAAUAAGACUGUUAAAGAAAUUUGGCGGCGUUGGCAUUUUGUAACUGAACUGUAUCCUGUUAAGACUACCCACGCAGCAUUUGACAGGCUGCAGGAAAUGUCAGUUUAUCAGCCAUGGUGAUUAUUGGUUGUUAGGUGCGUUGGAAAUUAAUUAUAUCGUGUGGCUAAUUAGUAAAGCCCAACCAUGCAGAAUCUGACAGGCUGCACAGAACGUGACAAGUAGGUUUGUGAGAUAUUAACAGGUAAUUUCUCAAAAGAAGGUAUGGUGGUUUUUGAAAAGUUGUGAUAAACAGGACAUGAUAUUAAGCGAGGUGAUAUAUAAUGGGUUCAUCUGUAUUAAGAAACUCAGACACAAUAUAUACACACACCUUAUAAAACUGCGUAAAUAUUCCUUUAUAAAUUCAAUACGGCACAAAGUCUAGUAAGACCUUAAUUAUUGCAAUGGUAGGUUUCAUUUAUCCAGUUUUAGUGUUCUGUAUAAUAAUGUGCAGUAAAGAGAAACAUAUUAAUGAUGAAAAUAUUAAAGUAAAAUUAAAAGAAACAUCUUAGUCAAGUACACUUAUAAAAACACUUGUUGUAAAGACUUUUAUAUUCUUUAAGUUAUCAAAAGUAUUAGAUAAACCACCAACUAAAGGUUCAGCACAGUGUUUGCAGUGCGACAUGAGGUCAACAUGUUUAAAUAUCAAUAUACGUUAUAUACACACAUCCAAGAACUAAAGAUGCUUUUGAAAAAAUUCAAGUUUAAUCUUACGAAAUGAAACAUGUCUCAUUAAUAAAUCUGAUCUUCAAGAGAUCAAUACAAUUUGUC